UGAUCACUCUCGUUCAACAUACACUACUGUCCACCUUGGCACCCACCAUCAUGUAUCCCCUAUUUCCAUGGCUUCAGCAAUCCUCGAUCAUGCCACGCUCUCCGUUAGCUGCUAUUCCAGUAGUCAUCACCGUCUAUCUUGCCCUAGUCCGCGCGCUACGCUUUCAUCAUGUUUUGGCGUUGAAAUGGAAAUACGGAGAUGGACCUCAGGCGACAAAUGUACCAGGCAAGAAACUUGGACUUGGAAAAGAAGCUAGUUUGGUUAAUGGUAGACCGGAUGUGAAAUUAUCUCUGGAGGAAGCUCAAGAAAUUGUACUACGUGUGACGCAGCUUGAAAUGCCGGGUUUGAUGCGAAUCGCGUUGUCUUUCGCUCUUUUUAAAACAUACGCGAUCCCAACCAUUUCUGCGAUCCUUCUCCAGUCUAAACAAUUAUCGACAGCAGAGAAUGUCUCCAAGCGAUACACGGAUACAGCUGUCCUUAUUGCGACCUGGUCAGGCUGCCCGAUCAUUGACCUCUCCAAAACGAGCCUGAAACCGAAGGAUGUUGACUCUCGAGGUGCAGUUGCAAUUGCGCGUGUUAAUUGGCUGCAUGGUCGAUGGCCAAAUAUUAAAAAAGAGGAUUUCCUAUACACCUUGGCCUUAUUCGUACUGGAACCCAUCCGCUGGGCAAAACUGUACGGCUGGAGAGAGACCCUCCCAAUUGAGCAAGAGGCGUUUUUUGUAGUAUGGAAGGAGUUUGGGCGUCGCAUGAAUAUCGAGGAUAUCCCCGAUACAUUGCAGGAACUGUAUGAGUGGUCCAAGAAUUAUGAAGAGACAGCAAUGGUACCCGCAAAGUCCAACUUUGAAGUUGGCCAAUAUACGUUGAACUUCAUGUUGACUAACUUUACGGAACGAUUUGGUGUGCGUGAAUUCAUGCGCCAGAUGUCCAUUUGUAUAAUGGAGGAGCGGGUCCGAAAAGCAUUCAUGCUUCCGGAAUCUACCCCACUGAUGCAUUCUGUCACACGAGGCUUGCUGUCCUUUUUUGCAAUCAUGCAUCGCUACUUCAGCCUCCCACGAUUCCGUCGUCAACAGUAUAUACCGCGCAACGUGCCUGCUGAAAAGUUCAAAGAAAAGAUGCCACGUUUUCAUCCUGGAAUAUUCGAAAUGGUUCCCUGGUACAAGCCUGAACCAACUGGGCUUGCAUGGGUAUGGCAGAAUAUUCUGCUGAAGAUCGGAAUCCUUGACGAGGAAUACGUACCAGGCCCGAGAUAUAAGAGUGAAGGGUACCGGUUGGAAGAAUGCGGACCGAUUGCACUUGAGCAAGCUGGACAUGCGGAAGUAAUGAAGAUGGCUGCAGAGAUACAGGGCUGCCCAGUUACAGGGAUCUGGGCACGUUGAAAUGAGGGUUCCUGUAUCUAUUUAUUUAACUACUCAAGGUACACCGAAAGGUAUUUAUUGUCUCAUAUCUUUAAAGCUUCGAA